AUGGCGGAAGGUGGCCAACAAGCCCAUCCCGCCGCCGCCGGCGAUGGCGGGCGGUGGCUAGCGGCGGCACCUCCAAACCUCCGCGCCAAAGUGGUCCAGAAGAUAACGAAUAAUCUGUGCCAGUUCCAAGUCCAAGGGAAUCAGCUCGACCAGCUCCACGCCGUCGCUUCCCGAUUUGAGGCCAAGGUGUUCAGCGACUCCCACAACGUGCAGGACUACCUCAGAACAAUAAGCAUCAAGAUGAUGACUCUUCAGAGCAAAUGGCAACCGGCUGCUUCCGACCACCAGGCACACACCGGAGGCCAAGUGCGGCCUCUCAAUGCAGUUCCGGCCUACGCCACCGCAGUGCCGCCGCCGCAAGCGUCGCCAUCAACCACGACUCGUCUCGCUGUAAGGCCACCUCAGGCGCAAAACAUGCAGCUCAAUCAUAAACCAUCACAGCAACCCCCAAUGGCACCCGUUGCCCAGCUCCACCCUUGUGAUCCUACCGUGGCAGCUCAGAUUCAGACUCAGUCCCUGUCCAGGCACCACAACUCCAGCGGCAUGUGUACACGGCAGCCGGUUGCGCAGGCUCCUUUCAACCAUCAGCCACACAUGCCUCCCAAUGCAGUAACUCAGAUUCAGACUGCAGUGCCGCGGUUAACAUCAGCAAAUCGGCUUCCUCCUACAGAUCAAGUGCAAAACAUGGGGAUCAACCCAAUGGCACCCACUGGCCAGCUCCACCCUUGUCAUCCAACGGCGGUUACUCAGAUUCAGUCCCAAUCCAUGGCCAGGCAUAACUCAAGCGGCAUGCGUGCACAGGAGCCACAGCAAGAUUAUUUGAGGGUCAACCAACGGCAGAGUUACCAAGCUCAAGGAGGACAGCAGUCCAAUGUCGGCCCUUUGCAGAUCGGGCCUUCUGGAGAACGUAACAACCAACAAUUUGGGCACCAUCCAGUCGAAGUGGAUUGGAGGGAAGACAUGUUCCAGAGGAUCACAUCCCUCAAGGUCGCUCACUUCUCGGAGCUCGUGGAAUUUCAGCGAGCAAUACAAGCACGCAUCCCUCAGAGGAUAACAAACCAACAGCUCGAGUCAUUACCUAAAGAGCAAGCAGACAAAUAUCGGAAAUUGGUAGAUACCAUGGCAAAGAUUGGUUCUGCAUUGAGCUUCCUACAACUCCAGAAAAGCAACAUACCUGAGGCCAUGAAGGAUCAGUUUGACAAACACCAGAUACGCAUAGAUCGUAUUCUGCAUUUUCACAGGGUCAUGAAGGAUCGGUUGCAGAACCCUCCUCGGGCUGUAAAUAACAUAGGUGCAACAGGUAGCCAGCAGAAACAUCAAGAGCAACCUGCAGCAGAGACGUCCUUUUCGCAGUCUUCAGAAACCGUUCGGGCUACAAGUCCACUUGUACAGCAGCAAGAGAACAGCCACCACUUGGCAGGUGAAGAAACAGUGGAUGACGAGGUGCGCCGUGAAGCUGAAGCACCGGUGUCCACCAAUCUGACAAUCGGCGGCAGCUCGGCACCAUUCACCGGUGGAAGUGGAACAUCAGCAAACCAAUAG